AGCAUACCUAAAAUCUUUAAAAGAAGGGAAAAUAAUAUUAAAACCUAUAAUAGUAAUACUUAAGUAGGGCCAUUAUUCAAAAAUAAUUGUGAGAUUCAGUAAAAACGUCGGCAAAUCUGCAGGAUUGAAUUCCCCCACCAAUAAACACAUGAGCCCAAAGCAACAACCCACGUUCGUGUUUCCCAUGUGUCGGUGGCGCAAUCUCAUCACCUCGCCUCGUAAUCGUCAAGCCAUUGAUUGAUUAACCAAACCUUUUUCUUUUCUCUCUCUCUCUCUCUCUCUCUACACACAGCUACAGCUUUCACUCCACACCACACUGCCUCCGCAUUCCUCUCCCUAAUCCUGAUCAAUGGUUCCAUCGUGCUCACCCGAUUCCCAAAGUGUGAAAAAACCUCCCAAACCCACCAAUUUGAUGAAGACCACUCUGAAUUCCAUCAAGAUCCACAUCUCCUCCCACCCCCGUUUCUGGCUCUUCAUUGCCUUCCUCUGGGUUCAGGCCCUCAUCAUCUCCAUCGCCCGCACCCCGCCCCCAUGCUUCCCCGACCGCUCCUCCGCCGGCCCUAUCUCCGUCCGCUACGUUCCCAUCCACGACGACGCCGUCUUAUCCAACGCCACCGCCGUCCCCGAACCUCCCCCCGCCCAGUACACCGACGAUUGCCCCUCCGGUAGGGUCUUCGCCUACGACCUCCCCCCCGCCUUCAACCGCGACCUCGUCGUCCCCAAUUGCACCGAUCUGGACCCCUGGAACUGGGAAUGCGGCAUCAUCUCCAACCACGGCUACGGCCGCGCCGCCACCGAGCUCCGCCGCACCCUCCCGGAGGAUCUCCACAAGUCGUGGUACCACACCAAUCAAUUCACGCUCGAGGUCAUCUUCCACCACCGGAUCCUCAAGCACAAAUGCCGAACCCUAGAUCCGGAAUUAGCAACGGCGUUCUACAUCCCCUUCUACGCGGGGCUCGCCGUGGGGAAGCACCUAUGGGGUAACGACACGUCAGCUCGGGAUCGUCAUUGUAAAAUGAUGCUGAGGUGGGUUAAGAGCCAGAGCUACUGGCACAAAAUGAACGGCUCAGAUCAUUUCAUGACGAUCGGACGGAUCACGUGGGAUUUCCGGCGGUUGACUGACCCGGGAAAAUCCUGGGGCUCCAGCUUCCUCAACAUGCCGUCUAUGCAGCGAGUCACCCGAUUCAUCGUCGAGAAAUACCCCGGCGAUGAAAUGGACGUCGCCGUGCCCUACCCCACCGGAUUCCACCCCAAAACCAGGGACGGAUUAAUCGAAUGGCAGAGCUUCGUGCGCGAUCGCAAGCGUGCGGCGCUCUUCUCCUUCAUCGGCACCGAUCACAAUUGGGGGGGAAACGACCUCCGCCGCCUAAUUAUGGACUACUGCCGCCGUGAAUCGAGUUCCUGCCGGGCGGUUGAUUGUGCCGUGAGCGAGUGCUUCACGAAUUCGUCAGUGACGCUGAUGACGCUGCUGGAUUCGGAGUUCUGCCUGCAGCCCAAGGGGGAUAGCUUCACGAGCAAGGCGGUUUUCGAGUGCCUGGUGGCCGGUUCGGUGCCGGUUUUCUUCUUGAAAACUGCUUACGAGCAGUACGAGUGGUUCCUACCGGGCGAACCGGAGAGCUACUCGGUUUUCAUAGACCCGGAGGAGGUGAGGAACGGGACGGUAGCGGUGAAGGAGGUGCUGCAGAGGUACGGCAAGGAGGAGAUUCAGAAGAAGAGAGAGAAAGUGAUCGAGACGAUUCCGAGAAUCAUCUACUCCAAACCGAAUGCAGGGAUCAAGAGUUUCAAGGAUGCUUUUGAUAUUGCUUUCGAUGGGGCUAUGGAGAGGAUUAAGGAGGAGAAAGAAUGGGCUGAUUUCUUAUGAUGAGAGAGACAGAGAGAUGGGCAAGAAUGUGGCCUGCUCAAGUAGCGGAGUAUCGACAUUGAAAAUUUGGAGAGGAUGAGGUGCUUUUUUACUUGUGUUUAUGAAGAUGAGUUUGCUGAUUGAUUGAGAAUUUUGAGAUAUAGGCAAAGUUCUCAAAAUACAGAAAUGUAUACAAUGUAAUGUAAUGUAAUAGUUGGGAGGGGCUGGAGCACCCCAAACACAAAUUGAGACUAUACAUUAUCUGUUUAUUGCAUGCAACAAAAA